AUGGCAGGGCCCUGCGCCCCCAGCGCCCCCGCCGCCCGCUGGAAGCGCCACAUUGUGCGGCAGCUGCGGCAGCGGGACCGCACGCAAAAGGCCCUCUUCCUGGAGCUGGUUCCGGCCUAUAACCAUCUCCUACAGAAGGCUGAGCUGCUGGCCAAGUUCUCAGAGAAGUUGCAGUCAGAACCAAAGGAUGUCACUUUCACCACCCAUCAGGGCCUCUGGUGAGAGUCAGGGGCUGACUCAGACCAAGUACCAUCACCAGCCACUCUGAGGAUGAGGUGGCAGGAGGAGGAGGAUGGGCUCCGGCUGGUCUGUGGUGAGAUCGCCUACCAGGUGGUGGAGAAGAGCGCAGCCCUGGGCGCCCUGGAGUCCGAGCUGGAGGAGAGGCAAUGCAGGUUGGCGGCUCUGGAGACCCACGUGGCGAGGCUGCAGGAAGCGCGGGCGCAGCACGCCCGGCAGGUGGAGGAGCGGUGCGCGCAGAACGCGGCGCAGCGGGCGGCUUACGAGGCGCUGCGCGCGCAAGCCGGACUCCAGGAGGCGGCACUGCGCAGGCUCCAGGAGGAGGCGCGCGACCUGCUGGAGCGGCUCGUGCAGCGCAAGGCGCGCGCCGCUGCCGAGCGCAACCUGCGCAACGAGCGCCGGGAGCGGGCCCAGCAGGCGCGGGUGUCGCAGGAGCUGAAGAAGGCUGCCAGGUGGACCGUGAGCAUUAGCGAGAGCCCAGACACCUUAGGCGAUGGGAUCAGGAAGGAGGCUGAGACUCUGGCAAAGGCCGCUGAGCCGGAGUCCCUGGAGAGUGAGGCUUGUGAGAAGUGGAAGAGGCCCUUCAGGUCUGCCUCGGCCACCUCUCUGACACUGACCCGCUGUGUGGAUGUGGUGAAGGAGCUUCUGGAUUUCAAGAAGAGGAGAGGUCACUCAAUUGGGGGAGCCUCAGAGCAGCGAUACCAGAGCAUCCCUGUGUGUGUGGCUGCCCGACUUCCUACCCAGGUGCAGGAUGUGCUGGAUGCCCACUUGUCCGAGGUCAGUGCUGUUCGUUUUGGUCCCAACAGCAGCCUCCUGGCCACUGGGGGUGCUGACUGCCUUAUCCACCUCUGGAAUGUUGUGGGAGGUCGCCUGGAGGCCAACCAGACCCUCGCGGGAGCUGGUGGCAGCAUUACCAGUGUGGACUUCGAUCCCUCGGGCUCCCAGGUUUUGGCAGCUACUUACAACCAGGCUGCCCAGCUCUGGAAGGUGGGGGAGGAACGGUCCAAGGAGACACUGUCUGGACACAAGGACAAGGUGACAGCUGCCAAAUUCAAGCUAACGAGGCACCAGGCGGUGACUGGGAGCCGAGACCGCACAGUGAAGGAGUGGGACCUUAGCCGCGCCUACUGCUCCAGGACCAUCAAUGUCCUUUCCUACUGUAAUGACGUGGUGUGUGGAGACCAUAUCAUCAUUAGUGGCCACAAUGACCAGAAGAUCCGGUUCUGGGAUAGCAGAGGACCCCGCUGCACCCAGGUCAUCCCUGUGCAAGGUCGGGUUACCUCCCUGAACCUCAGCCAUGACCAGCUUCAUCUGCUCAGCUGUUCCCGUGAUGACACACUCAAGAUCAUUGACCUGCGUGUCAGCAAUAUCCGCCAGGUAUUCAGGGCUGAUGGCUUCAAAUGCAGUUCUGACUGGACCAAAGCUGUGUUCAGCCCAGACAGAAGCUAUGCACUGGCAGGUUCCUGGGAUGGAACCCUUUACAUCUGGAAUGUAGAUACCGGGAAACUGGAGAGCAGACUUCGGGGACCCCACUGCGCUGCUGUCAAUGCCGUGGCCUGGUGCUACUCUGGGAGCCACGUGGUGAGCGUGGACCAGGGCAGGAAGGUUGUGCUCUGGCACUAGGGCCAUGACUCCCCCUGCCUGCGCUGGAGGUCUGGGCCGAAGCUCUGGGCCAAAGCCGAAGCUGGAGAACUGCGCCCCUCCGCCCCAUGGUGCUCCAGAGCCAGCAGGGAUGGGGCAUGGGAGUGGGGGUGGCCUCUGGAUUUAGUGGGGAAGAAGGCCUGGCAGGACCUGGCCUGUAUGUUUGAAAACAAAUGUGGGUUGGGGGUAUUCAAAUAGUUUUUGUUUUGUAUCUCUAUCUCCUCGCUUUCUCUCCCUAAAGUGGAAAAAAUUUUAUCUAAACUCUG